AUGAAGUUUACUGCUCUUUCGUUUGGCUUCGCGCUGACUCUCGCUUUCGGACCUUCGCUGGCCUUUCUCGCCGCAUCACCUGACGCAGGAGAAUGGAAGGCACCCGGCGAAGGUGAUGAUAGAGGUCCUUGCCCUAUGCUAAACACUCUAGCCAACCACGGUUAUCUACCUCGAAAUGGCAGAGGAAUCACCAAAGACCUUGCGGUCAAAGUCUUGGACGAGAUUCUCAACUGGGACGUGUCUGUCGUUUCCGACUUAUACGACUUCGCCCAACCUACUAAUCCUGCACCAAACGCUACGACCAUCAAUCUGAAGGAAUUGACGACACACAACAUUCUUGAGCACGAUGCUAGCUUGAGUCGUCAGGACUCCGAAUUUGGCCCUGCGGAUAUAUUCAACGAGCAAAUCUGGAACGAGACGAUCGCGUACUUUACGAGCGAUACCAUCGACGUCGAGAUGGCUACCAAAGCGCGCACAGCCCGCACUACCGCUGCUGCAGCCACAAAUGCUCAUUUCACGUUUCCGCAGCUGGGCGCAAACUUCCAGUACGGCGAAACGGCGGCGUAUCAGUUCGUGUAUGGUAACUGGAACCUCGGUGCUGAAAACAUUAAGGAACGUAUCCUUACACCUAGAAAGUAUAUCGAAUACUUUUUCACUGACUGUGACUUUUUCCUCUGCGCAGGAAAUGAGCGCCUUCCUACAGAUCUCGGCUGGACAAAGCCUGUGAACCGAUUAUUCAUGGACACAUUACAAGCAUUCACUAUUAGCAUGAUGGAUCUCACUCAAGUCCAAAUGGAUGGUGCAGCAUGA